AGGUCAACAAAGCGCCUAGCAACGGCCCUAGCAACCGCGGCGUCGUGACCCCAAACACCUGUGGCACAGGUGAAUGAAUCAAAGUCGCCCGUGCCGUGACGAAAACUCAAGAUGUCGGUGAUCAGUGAAGAGUCCCGUCCCCCCACGGCCCUGUCCCGGGCCAGCAUCUCGACAUGGGAGAUCCCCACCCCGCACUUUCCGCACGAGAGGGUGGGCAGGGGUAGGGUGCUGUUCACAGGCGUGGACGGCAUGUCCGACUACCGCGUGAACGUGCCCGACGAGGUGCGGCACACCGGCAUCGGCACCAUGUCCCCCGAGGGCACCAGCGAGGUGCUGUACCUGUGGCGCGCCGCCAGGGGGACCCCCUUCCCCCUGGGGAAGCACCAGAGGGUGGGGGAGAUCGGCUGGGCCAUCCCCGAGCUGGGCGACAGGCGGGCGCUGACGACUAACGCACAUUUCAAGCUGGGAGAGUUCCGGGAGGCCUGUGAGAACAGCUACACACAUCGGUACCAGAACCCGUGGGCGAAGGGAGACGACAUGAAGGCUUCGGAGCGGGGAAAGACGGCGGAUGGACCCCGUGCGGCCUCCAGGGGAAGUGCACGUCCCCCGACCCGCCCUGUGUCAACCAUUGGAGACCUACCUUCCAGAUAUUACCGGCCCAGAAUCACCGGGGAGAGACGAUCUUCCAUCGGCAGCGCCUCUAUACACAGCUCGUCGUCUAGGUAACGGCCUUCUCCUGGG